AAAAGAGUCUUUGGACUAAAGAUUAACGCAGAAUUAGGGUUCUGUAAUUUUCCAUCUUCAACCAGAGAUGGUGCAGGCGGAGGAGACGCCGACCUCGACUGGGAGGCUGAGCAGCGAAUCCAUGAAUAACAUGUCCGCGAGACUAUCCAAGCUCGAUAAUUUGUACUUUCCUCGAGCAAUCCAACCCUCAGCCACCACCGCCGCCCAACGCCAGUCCCUCCUCCUUGACCUACUCUCUCGUGACGCCGCAGUUUUCUUAGAGAGAUAUGGAUCAGAGUUAACACCGGAUGAGCUUAUGGAAUUUGAUGUUUUAAAAGGUGAUUAUGAGAUCAAUUGGCAUUUAAAUCACUUACGAAGUGUGCUUAGUCCAACAGCGGAGGAGUUGAAGUCUAGGUCUACAAGAAUUAAGAAUAGAAGGCUGGCAUAUUUAGAUAAAUUAAUUAGUGAUGGGCAGUAUUUCUCGGAGGAUGAAAUGAGGGAAAGAGAGCCUUACCUGCACCAUGAGUUUGUAGGGAAGUUUCAGGAUCCUAGUGGGAGGAGCAUGGCUAGGCCUGGGGAGAGGUGGUCAGAAACUUUGAUGAGGCGUUCUGAGGAGGCAAUGCUAGUUCAGAAAAUUAGGGGGGAGCAGCAGCGGCUAGGUGUUGCCGAGAGAGAUUGGGUGGGUAAUGAGGAAGCACAAGAAGAGGAAGAAUCAGAAUCGGAAUCAGAAUCAGAAUCAGAAGAAGAGGAAGAAGAGGAAGAAGGUGGCAAUAACGAUGAGAGAGAAUACAUGAAGACUCGUGUUGGUAAUGGGACUUCACAAGUUCAGGAGGUGCCCAUAGAUGAUAUUUCAGCUGGAAAUAAUGGACAACCCACAGCGAGUAAACCUGCUGAGGAGGAAAGUUUAUCCUUGGAAGAGAUGCAAGAUCGCAUGGACCAGUUUAUCUACAUCAUGAAGCAAAAAUUUUUAUCAGGGGAAGAUCAUCAGCAUAUGGAUUAUUCGAAAAUUGAUGAGGAUGAGAGUUUAGAUGAUCACUGGAUGAAAGAAGCAAAUGAUGAUGCAGAAGAGAAGUAUUUCGAUGACGUUUGAAUAAAAUGUUAUUCAGAGUAGGAAGUUGCCGUAUGAGUUACCGCACCCUCAAUACGUUCCUCUUCUCUCUCUCUUUCUCUCUCUCUCUCUCUCUCUCUCUAAUAUGUUCCUAUUCUGUGACUUUGCUUAUGUAAUUAUGUAAUCCUUUGUUUGUUUACUUUUUUGGGUGAAGUCAAGUCAGCGAUCCGGUCCAUGUUAGUUCUGGUCUAUCGCUUUGGUAAUUUUAGCAAGUUGGAGAGAGCAAUUUUGAUCAUGAAGUUUAAAUACUAAUUUACUAAAAUGGCUGUGCAUUGAUUGUUGCAA